AUGACAAGUUAUAGUUCCAUCAUCACCAUCCUCUCCAUUUUACUUAUGUUUCCAUGCAUAACCACUCAACUCUAUGUUGCUCAGUCAUGGGAUAACAAAAUAACGUAUGACAAGCUCAAAGAUCUCUGUUCAAACACACAAAACUCUUCGUUUUGCUUCCAAACAUUGAAAUCCAAUCCACGUAUUGCCACCACAAACCUCCGCGACCUCGCAGAGUACACCAUAAACUUGACAAGUGAUAGUGCCCAACAAACUUUACCGAUUGUCAAAUUACUUGCCCAGCAAGCAACCGAUCCUCAAUUAAAUGCCCGAUAUACAUCGUGUGUCGCAUCCUAUGACACUGCUACGGGGUACAUAGCUACUUUGAUGGGAUCGUUGGGCAAUGGUGAUUAUCAUAGUGUGCUGGUUGAUGCAACGUUGGUCAUGUUGAAUGUUGGUGAUUGUGAACAACAGUUUAAUACGCCGCCGGGUGAUCCGUCUCAGCUCCCGGAAAGGAACCGAAAUUUGUUUAAUCUUGCUAGUAUUGUUGCUGAGAUUGCCUUAGAACUUUUAGGAUGA